ACAGGAGAUGUAGGAACCAAUCGAACCCUCGCAACCAUGGCGACAGACACUUCCAAGUAUAAGCUUAACCACACCAUGCUUCGGGUCAAGGACCCGAAGAAGUCUUUGGAAUUCUACCAGUACCUGGGUCUCAACAAGGUUAACCAGAUCGACUUCCCCGAGAACAAGUUCUCCCUCUACUUCCUUGCCUACGAUGGCCCUCAAUCUCUCCAGGGUGACCGUCACUUCACCGACCGCAACGGCGUCUUGGAGCUCACCCAUAACCAUGGCACGGAGAAUGACCCCAACUACAGCGUGGUCAACGGUAACACUGAGCCCUACCGCGGUUUUGGACACAUUGCUGUCUCUGUGGACAACAUCGAAGCUGCCUGCAAGCGACUGGAGGAUGCCGGAUACCCCUUCCAGAAGAAGCUUACCGAGGGCCGUAUGCGUCACAUCGCGUUUGUCAAGGAUCCCGAUGGAUACUGGGUCGAGAUUAUCCGCCGUCACAAUGAGGAUGUUGGCACCACCACCGAUCCCUCCACCUACCGCCUGAACCACACCAUGCUCCGUGUCAAGUGCGCCGAGACUAGCGUCAAGUACUACCAGGAAGUCUUUGGAAUGACUUUGCUGCGCACCAUUGAGAACAAGGAUGCUGGAUUCAACCUUUACUUCCUGGGCUACCCUGGUGCCAACCCUGAGAAGCGAGAGGGUGCCACCAACCCGGUCUCUGAGUGGGAGGGUCUGCUGGAGCUCACCUGGAACUAUGGCACGGAGAAGCAAGAGGGCCCGGUUUAUCACAACGGUAACACGGAACCGCAAGGUUUCGGACACAUCUGUGUCUCCGUCGAUGAUCUCAACGCUGCCUGUGAUCGGUUCGAGUCUCUGAACGUUAACUGGAAGAAGCGCCUUACGGAUGGACGGAUGAAGUACGUGGCAUUCAUCCUGGAUCCUGAUAACUAUUGGGUAGAGGUUGUCCAAAACGAGGCGCUUAAGCGUACUGGUAACUUGUAGUAGAGAGAUUGUGUAUCUAUCCGGCCUGCCGCACAUAUACUGAAGAUAUUAGCA